GACGUUUGUUCUUUUUCACGGAAUUUUCGUAGCGGUCGGACGUACUUUUUUCCCGAUCGGGCUCGAGUCGCCGAACGGUCUUAAAAAUGGCGGAACUGAAAAAGUACAUCGAGCGGGAGUUUCUCCGCAUUCGAGCUCAGCAGGAAAUUGUUCAAAAUCAGGUCCAAGAGUGCUUAGCUCACCAUCGAACGGCUCGAGACUUUCAAAUGGAAAUGAAGAACGAAAUCUCAGCGAUUCGACAGGAGCUGGCUCACCUCAAGAAAAUUCCUGAAAACAGGGUUUUCCCUGUGGGUUCUGUGGAGGAUCUGGACCAGGUGCGGCGCAAAUUCCGAUCGCACGAUACGAAAGAGAAGCUCGUCGGUGAAAUUGAAUAUGUCCUGGAGCGGGUCUCAAAGGACAAGUGGCUGAAAAAGCUUAUACGGGACGAGGUCGUGCAAGAAUUCCGAGAUGCCAAGACGAUUCGCGAUAUGAAUUUCAUUCAAUAUGUGAUCAGAAAUAUCACCCAGACGAGCGAAACCGCCUUCACAGCAAUGGUGUCAGCGGCGAAAUCGCGCCUGUACUCGGCGCGGUACCGAAAAGGGCAAAAGGAGAACCGCAAGAGACCGGCCAAGAAGCCGCGUCGUGUGUUGGAAGAUAGUGAGAACGAAGAGGACGAUGAAACGGAAGGAGAAGAUGGGAACAAAGACAUCCCGUCGCCGGCUUUCUCCCCUUUGAAGCAAAUUCGCUAACCAAACCCGACAAAUGGGCCCUACGAAUGUACCGAAUCGUACUUAACACUGUUGACUAAAUAAAUGAAGUUGAAUUCUAUC